AUGGCCGCUCGCAUUGUGAACGGAGUGAUACAAUCGCCUCUUCCGGACUUUGACGUUGGGAACAACUGUGCUUCUGAACUCAUAGAAGGACGCUUGAAGAAACUAUUACACAAGGUGAUCAUUGUUGACGCCCAGCAAAGUUUAAGCGCCUCUCAGUUGUUAAAAAAAAUUCGUAAAUACGCUGAAGGUUUUUACCAACACGGGGUAAAACCGGGGACCAAGGUGUGUGUGUAUGUUGGCAACACCGUUGAAAACGUAGCCGCGGCAUUUGGUGUUAUGUUUGCGGGCGGGACGCUCGUCAUGGCGAAGACGGCCUACGUGGAAAGGGAGUUGGUGUAUACGAUUGAAGACAGCCACUGCACUUUUCUACUAGUUGACCUAGAAACCGCGCCACAGGCUGCAAAGUGGAAGAUACCACCAAGCAUUAAGGAAUUGUUCGCCGUAGGGGGUGCGCCUGGUUUCAUCAACGUUCUCCUUUUCCAAUAUCUUCCUGAUGCGUCCUUCAAACCGCACGUGCCCACAGAGACCGAGAAAGAAGUUGUGGUCAUUCUGUACACGUCAGGGUCAACGGGCCUCCCGAAGGGUGUGGAAAUAUCGCACAAAGCGUAUUGUGCCUCGUUCUACGCAUACAGGUCCACUGGAAUUUGCACUGAAGACGAUGUUUACUUGGCUUGGAAUCCCUUCACCCAUGUGUCGGGUUUCGCGGUAGCCAUGUUUUCUAUGCUUAUAGGUGCAAAGACUGUCGUCACCGAUCCCUUAAUUUCGUACGAAGAUUUUCUGGAAACUCUCAAAAAAUUUAAGGUAUCAAUUUUUAUUGCCGUAGCUGGCCGGAUGUGGGAUAUUUUUCAUAACGCUAGAAAAAACAACGAUAUUAUACCUGGUGUAAAAAGAAUAAUGGCGGGUGGAUCAGUAAUCACGAAAUUGUUUGCAAAGGAAAUUCGUGAAAUAUUCAACGUAGAAUCACUCAUCAAUAUCUACGGCAUGACCGAAACUUUAUGCAUUGUAAGUUCCUCACCUGUUGGUCAAAUAACCUUCGACAAUAGUGGUGUUCCUCUGGCCGGGAACAAAUUCAAGGUUACAGACCUAAGCAGCGGAGAGUCUCUCGGCCCAUAUCAAAACGGUGAAAUCGAAAUUCACACACCAUGCAUCAUGAAAGGCUACUAUGGGCGUCCUGAAGCUACCGCUGAAGCUGUGAAUUCAGGUGGCUGGUACCGUACAGGAGAUUUUGGCUACUACGACACUCAAGGACGGAUUCAUGUCAUCGAGAGAAUGAAAGAAAUGAUAAAAUGCAUGGAUAAUGUGGUCGCCCCUGCUGAGCUGGAAGAAAUCUUAUUGGCCCAUAAGGCUGUCGCCGAGGCCACAGUUGUGGGUGUUCCGAAUCCAAAGUAUGGCGAGGCUCCAACAGCUUGUGUCGUUCUUAAAGAUUGCUUCAAGGAAAACCUCGAGAGCCUGGCGUCGGAAUUGAAGGAGCUCAUCGCAGGACAAGCAGCAGUCUUCAAGCACUUGUACGGAGGAGUUGUUUUUAUGAAAUGCCUUCCCAAAUUUGAUAACGGAAAGGUUAGGAGACAAGAGCUCAAGAAGAAGGUCGUUCUUGAAAAGGAAAUGUUGAACGAAUAG